GGUAUGAAUUUUGGUAAAUAUUCAAUUUUAAUACGAAUUUCUUAUGUAGAAAUUAAUGAUAAACAUGAACUUUUUAUAACGGUCCCUAGUGCUAAAGAUUCUUCUGGUAUUGAUAUAUGGAAUUUAACGAAUCAAAAAUUAAUUGUAUCUUCAAUUGGACUCGAUCAAAAUCGUAAAACUGGAUACUGCAUGGCCAUAAAAAUUUUUCCAAAUAAUAAUUUUCAGAAUUUUCAAUCUGUUACUAAAAAUUAUUUAAUAUUAGCGGCUUAUGAAGACGGUAGUGUUAAUUUAUGGUCAAUUACUAUUAAUACUAAUGAUUCAGUGUCAAAUGAAAAAGAUAAUAUUGUCGUUGAAAAAUUGUGGGAUCGGAAGGAACACGGAGAAAGUGUUUUAAGUAUAGAUCUUUCACCUGACAAACAAUUCGCAAUGUCAACUUCUGGAGACAAUAAAAUUGUGAAAUAUAAUUUUGACGAGAGAUUUAGAGAACCAUUGAUCCAAAGUACUACUGUGAAAUGCGCCGGUAUUGCAGAAGUCAAAAUUCGAUCUGAUGGGAAGAUUUUUGCAACUGCUGGGUGGGAUACAAAGAUACGUGUCUUUUCUUCAAAAUCUUUGAAACCAUUGGCAAUAUUAUCUUAUCAUCGAGAGAGCGUUUAUGCAUUAGCUUUUUCUUGCAUUUUACCAUUGGACGAGCAAGAUCAUGAUAAAUCUACAGAGGAAGAGAAAGAUCUUGGAAAUGAAGAAAGGACAGAGAAGCAUUAUUUGGUUGGAGGUGGAAAAGAUCAAAGAAUCAGUUUAUGGGAAAUUUAUUAA